AUCAGCUGAACUGUGAGAUACAACAUAAGCAUGAAGUCUCCAGGAAGAUCUCUGAAGGAAGCUCUGCUCUGUGCUCAGAGCGAGGAUCGACUCACUAUAGGGGUUUAUGAGAGUGCUAAAAUUAUGACUGAUGAUCCGGACAGUGUGUCUUUCUGCGUCCUGGCCAUGGAUGAGGAGUUUGAGUGUGACAUCGCUCUCCAGAUCCACUUCACCCUCAUCCAGUCCUUCUGCUUCGACAACGACAUCAGCAUCGUGAGAGUGAGCGACAUGCAGCGUCUGGCUGAGAUUGUUGGUGACAAGGCCGAGCAGCUUGAAGACGCCCACUGUGUCCUCAUCACGAACCCAGCUGAAGGGUCUUGGGAGGACCCUGCUCUAGAGAAGCUGCACCUGUUCUGCGAGGAGAGCCGCCGCCUGAACGACUGGGUUCCUGAGAUCAGCCUCCCCGAGCGUUGAUCUGGGACUUGGCUCCUCUCAUGCUCAGAUGCUGUGAAGCUUGUUAUCUGGAAAUGCUCAUCCUGACCAGCAGGAUGACCCUGUAUCUGCUCAUCCCUGGAUACUCCUGAGGAGGAUUCUCAUCCAGGCAGCACGGCACCGGCCCAAGGAAGGGCCCCCGUGAACCGUCGCCUCUUGUCCCGUCCAUGCCAAGAUGACUCUCAUUCUUUAUGUGAAUGAGGUCAGGUAUGCCGCAAGAGCGACACGUUGACCCUCAUUCUUUGUGCGGAUGAGGUUUGGAGAGGAAGGAGAAGCGAGGUCUGCGUCCUGUGGUCUCACAGAGCAAAUGUCGCACGUUGAAGCACGCGCAGCAGGAGAAGAAGCGGUGCUGGGAAAGAGGUCUUCUUAAAAAGGGACUUUUUAGAGCUGGCCUCUUUGCUGAGCAACACUACAACAGUUGCAGUCAGCGCAAAUGUUUCCCACUUUCCAGAAUUGUCUUAAUUCUCUAAAGGUUUCACUUUAGAAAUUUAACGAUGACAAAAAUAUUCUAAAACGUAAAAAAACACUGAAAAAAAGGUCUUUUCUCUAAAGGUUUCACUUUAGAAA